AUGGUAGAAAAUUCAAGAUCAAAUUCUCAAGACUUGUUCCACAUUUUAAGAUUUGGAAGCAUUUGCAAGGCAUGCAGAUUUCUCCUCUCCAAAUGCUACCCUGAAAAAAACUCAAUGCCCUCCAUGAAAAUGGGAAAUACGAUGAAGAAGCCCAAAUCCAUGGAGCAAGAUGACAAGGCCACCAAAUACAAAAGCCAAAAAUCCAUGAAGAGAAAAUUCGACAAGGACAAAAAACGCGCGCACAUUGACGACCCAAACAAGCCCAACGGCACAAACCUGCCAAAUGGGCCGUUAAUCGGGCCCAAUUCGCCCCAGUGGAGCCCGCCGGCCCGGAUGGGAGCGGGUCCAUCCCGACUAUCUCGGGCCACGAGCCACGGCUCGUUCUCGCCUCUGACGAGGAGCGCGAGCAAGCGGGCCGGGCCGGGCCGGGCCUCCCUUCUACGGACCAUGAGCAACAACGAAGCUCUCAACCGCACUUUCUCGAGGAGCACGAGCCGAACGGGCCCAAUACUCUACUCGAACUCGCACGGGCUCGUGAAGCCGCGCGCGAACGAGCAGAAGCUCGACUGCAGCCUCGAGGAGCUCUGCUUCGGCUGCGUCAAGAAAAUCAAGAUCACGAGGGACGCCAUCACCGAAGACGGGCAAGUCGUGCAAGAAGACGAGACAUUCACGAUAAAAGUGAAGCCCGGUUGGAGACAGGGCACGAGGAUCACGUUCGAGGGAAAGGGAGACGAGGUGUCAGGGUCAGACCCUGCUGACGUGGUAUUCACAAUAACCGAGAAAAGACACGCAUUGUUUUCGAAACGGGACGAUGAUUUGGAGCUCAAAAUCGAUAUCCGACUCGUUGAGGCUCUAACCGGAUGCACUUUUAGUGUCCCAUUGCUUGGCGAGCAAAACAUGAUUAGCGUGACGGUGAAUGAUGUCAUAAGUCCCGGUUACGAAAAGAGAAUAUCGGGAAAAGGAAUGCCGAAGCACAACGAGCCCAUGACGAGAGGGGACUUGAUAAUCGGAUUUUCGGUCAAGUUCCCGGAGGAAUUGAGUGGUGAGCAGAGAGCUGAGGCUGCAAGAAUUUUGCAGCAAACUUGUUAA